AUGACUAACGAAGUCACUCAAAGUUUAGAUAGUAUUAGUAUUAUUGACAUUUUUAUAGCAGCUGAUGAGAUUGAAUUAUUUGAAGUUAAUCGACUAGCUAAAAAACGGUUGCUUGAAUUUGAAUCAGCUUGGAAAUUUCCAAAAGAUUUUAUUACAAUAUGUAAACAUGAUGUUUUCACAGAUUUAUAUAAAAUUGCAUUAGAACUUGUGUGUAGAAAUCCUAGAGUCAUUUUUGAAUCGAAUGAAGGUUCAUCAAAUGUUUUAUCAAAAAGAGAAUCAGCGUAUUCUUUCGAUUCUAAGAUUAUUAGUGCUAAAGAUGCAGCAUUAAUAUCAAAUUGGAUUGAUAACAAACAAGAAAGGCAUUAUCAUUUUAAAGAUAUACCUUUCAAAUUUGAUCUUAUUUAUCGUGCAAGCCUUGAAAAUUUUAGCAUUAAUAAGUUCCAUAGUAAAUGCGAUAAUAAAGGACCAACAGUUAUUAUAAUUAAAGUUAGAAAUUCGGGAGAAAUAAUUGGUGGAUAUAAUCCAUUAAGUUGGCGUAGUACGAAAUUAAUGAAAAGUGGAAAUUUACCAUCUAACGUCUACAAUGAUUAUAAAUGCGAAACAUCAAAGAGUUUUAUAUUUUCAUUAUUUUCAUUAUCAAAUGGAGCAAUUCCCAGAUUAAGUCGUGUCUUUUCUAAGAAAGAAGCAAUAAUUUGGUCUAUAGAUAAAGGACCAUGUUUUGGCUUACAAGAUUUGUGGAUAUUGUAUAAUCAUUCACAGCAUGUUACUGUUGGUAGAUGUAAACAACACACUUACAAUGUAGGAAUUAUUGACAAAGAUACUUUUGAAAUUGAAGAAUACGAAAUAUUUCAAAUUACCGAUAAAAGAUUCUUACUUAAAAUACUUAAUUCUAUUGUGAAAAGAUGUGGAAUAUGUGAAUUAUUUACGUUUCCUUUUUUUAUUUUGACAUUAUUCGGUAUUUUUCACUUUUCAUCCGUUCUGUUACCCACGAUAUUUGCAUUUGUUAAUGUUGAUAUUCGAGUAAAAUUUCUUGCGACAUUACCUUCUAUUAUUAUUAUUUCCUUAUAUGCAAUUUUGUCAGCAUAUCUUAUUUAUAUAGGACACCUGUGUCUUAUCCUUCCAGAAAUUUUUAUGUUGUCUUUUCUAGCAUCUGCAACAUUUGAAUUGAUUAGUGGCACUGCUCUAGUAAAAAUUCUUUUGGUCAUCCUUAAUGAUUUAAAUUUAGUCGUUUAA